AGACACGAAGUCCGCUUCACUGGUACAUUUUGAUAAGUUACUGUUUUAUUGUUAAUUAAAGUAGAACCUGCUGAAUGUUGAUUAAACAUUGGCAAACCUCAUUCUAAGAGUCCAGAUAUUUACUUUAGUGAAAUCAUUGAUUCACUAUUUACAUCUGAAAACGAAUAUCAAAGACAUUGGCAUUAAAGAUAUAUCAUCAAUAUCUGUCAGACAAAAAGAGGUAAUUUUACAGAAGAAUUAGAACCUCAUUCCUAUAAAUAUAUCAUUAAAUUACUGUGAAAUAUUUCCUCUAAGAUAUUUCUAUCUUUCAUUGUCUGGAGGAUUUACAAGAUGGUUUUGUGUUUCCAUUAAGUUUGGACAAAUUCACAAAGGAUUCACUACUGCAAUACAAAUGGUUUGAUCAUCACGGAAAUAUAUAGACAGCAAUAAAAGCAUUCAUAUUGUUUUCUAAGAACAAAAUUUACAGAAGAAUGGAUUUUCCUGCAGAAUUGCCAGAGGAUGUAGGAAAAUCAUCAUAUCCUUGUGAUCUCUGUGAACAAACAUUCUCUCUAAAAGACAGCCUUGCUAUUCAUAAACAGAUUCACACAGGAGAGAAACCACAUAACUGUGAUAUCUGUGGUAAAUCAUUUUCUCUAAUACGUACUUUAACUAUUCACAAACACAUUCAUACUGGAGAAAAACCAUAUAAAUGUGAAAACUGUGGUAAAUCAUUUGCCUUUAGAAGAUAUUUAACCAAACACAUACGAGUUCAUACAGGAGAAAAGCCAUAUCACUGUGAUAUCUGUGGUAAAUCCUUCCCUGAAAGUGAUGCCCUAACUAGCCACAUUCGAAUUCACACAGGAGAGAAACCAUAUCAGUGUAAUAUUUGUGGAAAAUCUUUCUCUGAAAGAUGUAAUUUAACUACACACAAAUACACUCAUACAGGAGAGAAGUCAUAUCACUGUGAUAUCUGUGGUAAAUCAUUCUUUCAGAAAGUUCAUUUAAAUAGUCACAUGUAUGUUCAUACUGGGGAGAAGCCUUAUCAAUGUGAUAUCUGCUUGAAAUCAUUUGCUGAUGGAAAUAGAUUAAACAGACACAAACACAUUCACGCAGGAGAGAAACCAUAUCAGUGUGACGUCUGUGGUAAAUCAUUUAGAGAAGAAGCUCAUUUAUCGAUACACAAGAGACGCAUUCAUACAAAUGAGAAACCAUAUCACUGUGAAAUCUGUGGUAAAUCAUUCAUUAAUCCAAGUUUAUUAACUGUUCAUAAACGUAUUCAUACAGGCGAAAAACCGUAUCAGUGUGACAUCUGUGGUAAAUCAUUCAUUGAGAGAAGUGCAUUAACUGUUCACAAACGUAUUCAUACUGGAGAGAGGCCAUACCGCUGUGAUAUUUGUGGUAAAGCAUUCAUAAGGGGAAAUAAAUUAAAUGUUCACAAGCGUAUUCAUUCAGGGGAAAAGCUCCAUCACUGUAAUAUCUGUGGUCAGUCAUUCUCUCAAAGAGCUCAUUUGACUGUUCACAUUCGUACUCAUACAGGUGAGAAACCAUAUGACUGUGAUAUCUGUGGUAAAUCAUUCUCACAGACAGGUCAUUUAAAAAUUCACAGACGUAUUCAUACAGGAGAGAAACCCUAUCAGUGUGAUAUUUGUGGUAAAUCUUUCUUCCAAAAUAGUGAUGUAACUAAGCACAAACGUUUACAUGCAAGGGAGAAACCUUAUCACUGCGAUAUCUGUGGUAAUUCCUUUAGCAGUGGAAGAGGACUAACUGUACAUGAGCGUAUUCAUACAGGGGAAAAACCAUAUCGAUGUGAUAUCUGUGGUAAAUCAUUCACUGAUGGAAGUACAUUAACCAAACACAAACGUAUUCAUACAGGGGAGAGACCAUAUCAGUGUGACAUCUGUGGUAAAGCAUUCACUGAUACUAGUAAAUUAACUAAACACAAACGUACUCAUACAGGGGAAAAACCAUAUCACUGUGAUAUCUGUGGUAAAUCAUACACAGAUAGAAGUACAUUAACUAAGCACAUACGUAUCCAUACAGGGGAAAGACCAUAUCACUGUGAUAUCUGUGGUAAAUCAUUCAUUGAUGGACGUACAUUAACUAAACACAAAUGUAUUCAUACAGGGGUAAAAACUACAUCCCUGUGAUUCUUUUGGUGUAUCUUUCUUUUAUGCAAGUGCAUUAACAAUUCAUAAAUGUAUUUACUAAGAUAUAUAAUAGAACCAAAUUUUGACGGUUUUUUUUUUUUGCUUUUUGACCUUUUGUGGUAAUAAUUAUUAUAUGUAUUGUAUUGGUUACAGAUUGAUUUGGUGUUAUGAAAAUGAAGUGUUUUUUAGAAUGAUCAUGUUGUUCAUUUUUCUUUGCCCAUUUCAUUGCAUUUGAUAAAGCUUUACAUAACAUCUUUCAGUUAUUCUUUACUUUGCAAGUCUGAUUCAUUCUGGGUUUUACCCAUUCAAUAAAAAUAUUCUUAUUUCAACAUAAAGACAGCUAAUACAGAUAACUGCAGGGCAGCUUUUAAUGCAGAAAAUGUCUGGCCAGAAGUAUUCCAAUUGUUUUCAAAUACAAAUUUCAACUGAAAUUGAGAAAAUUUCAGAUCAAAAUUAAUAAAUUUUUUGAUGCAUUGUAUUCCAACAUAAUAUCAUUCAAAUUAGAUUCCAUUUAUAAAAAUAAUGCAAUUUAAGAUAAUUAAGAAUCAUAUUUGUUGACUGAGGUCUUAAGCUGAAAAGUUCCUGGCUUUGGGUAAAAGAAAAUACAGGAGGAUUAGUUAAUUAUGAUUUUAUUCAACACCAACACAUCUUUCUUUGUGUUUGC